AAAUGCGUCGCGGUGGCCUCCAUAUAAUCUAUUCGCAGAUGUGAUGCUGCCUGGGUUAUAUGGUUAGAGCGAUGACUAUUGCUGAUAUCAUAUUCCCCGAAUAAAUCAGCGCAUGACCAAUACGUCCACUGGAACAGUACACGCGCCCUGGAAUUCAGCAGAAUGGCUGUCUUUGUAUAAAUGUCCCCCUCAUCGACAGAUGAGUCAUUUUAGCUUCUCUCUUUACUUUUCCGGUUAUUGAACGUCUAUAUAGGCACAUAGGCUAUGUCUUAUUGGCUAACGUAUUGCAUGGAUAUUUACUCAUCUUAUUUUGUUAUGGUGUAUGCAGACUAUGUUUCGACACCGUCACGAGAAAUCAUCCGGGAAAUAUCAGGCAUUAGGUAGUCUAAAGUGUAUUUCCAACUAAAUAUGUGUGUUUGGUGUCCAAACGCAUAGGCCUAAUUGUGAUUUGGGCAGUUUUUUUGUGAACAAUCAUUUUAAUCCACCUUUCAAUAUACUUUCUUGUGUUUUUUGUUUUUGUAUUGGUAUCCAACAUCCAAUUGCACGCUGUUGACUUUUAGGUUAAAACCACAAUACUAGAGCGCGACCGCUGUGUCCGUCUCUCGUCCGCCAUCGUGCACCGCAGCCCCAAAGUGGAAUUCCAUUGACUGGCCCGAGCCUUCCUAAAAACCCACAGUUCUCCAUCCCUGGACGGACGCAGCUCUGAUUGGUUAAACCCUCCCGGACUCUCCGUUGUUGCUCGAUUCCAUUGGCUGAGAUCUGUCUCUAUGCAAAUCCAACCCUGGAGGGACGCAUUCCAGCACUGCAGACUGACUGCCAGUAAAACCCUGCCUCCCACUGUCGGGACGUUCAUUCAUACGCAGCAACUCAACUCUAUACACAACCGGAGCAUUCAACAAGGGUUUGUCGAAAUAUAAGGCUGUUUGCAGUGACACAUUCUAGCCUAUUCCUCGUUUACAUUCCAGACACUAUUUAUAAAAGCGAAAUUGAAGUAUAAAAGUUUUUUCGGUCUCCCAUGUUGGCACGCAUAGAGACGAGAAUAUUCCUAUUGCGAAUUGGGGAGCCAUAGAGCAUCCAUCAAAGUUGACCUUUUGUGGCGAGUAACUCACAAGUUAUUGAAGAACAACAGAAGAGGAAAAGACGAGAAAAAAAUAACCCAACUGGACUUUCUUAUUCGCUGUUCAUUUGAAUGCGCCCUGAGACCUCCUUGGAUGACGGUCGGGUUUUAUUUAGUAUCUGGUCGGUGGAUGCCUCGUCAGUUUAUGUGUCCAUAACACGGAUCAUGGAAUGAGGACUUCACACACCGAAAUUUGGCGGGAUGUGCGUAAUUUGUUAACCGAAGGUCUUUGACUCCACUACAACGCAGAGACCCAGUUUUAUUCGUGCCCACGCAGGUAUCAGACUGUCGCCUGAUUUCCACUGUUGAUCCACGUGCCUUGGGACAGUUCAUCUAACGACAACGGGUUUAAUUUUAGAGGCAAAUAUCAGAAGAAACAUAGAGCUAUAUAUUCCACAGAGAGUCCGUUUAACUGGAUCCUACUGCGGUGUACAAAUGGUCUUCCUUUGGGACGCCAAAUACGACCCAGCACCUGGUCGGCGCUUCACCCCCCCUUCCACCACCCUGUUGUCAGGUAAGAUGAGUGAGGGUCUGCCCCUGGGUGCCCAGGAGAGCAGUAGCGCCGCCCUGGUGGGAAAGCUGCGUAUUGCAGACCGAGGCAUGGUGGAGGUGCUGUCAGAACACCCUGGAGAACUGGUGAGGACAGACAGCCCCAACUUCAUCUGUUCUGUCCUACCCACACACUGGAGGUGCAACAAGACGCUGCCCAUCGCAUUCAAGGUGGUUGCCCUUGGUGAUAUCCCUGACGGUACCUUGGUCACGGUGAUGGCGGGGAACGAUGAGAACUAUUCAGCAGAGCUCCGCAACGCCACGGCCGCCCUCAAGAACCAGGUGGCUCGCUUCAACGACCUGCGCUUCGUAGGCCGCAGCGGAAGAGGGAAGAGUUUUACUCUGACCAUCACAGUGUUCACCAACCCUCCCCAGGUGGCCACCUACCAGAGAGCUAUCAAGAUCACUGUGGACGGGCCCAGAGAACCACGCCGCCACAGACAGAAGCUGGAGGAUGUGAAGACGGGAGCAUUGGCCUUCUCCGAGCGUCUGAGUGAGCUGGAGCAGCUAAGGCGGAGCUCCAUGAGGGUCACGCCCCCUCACCAUCAUCACCACCACGCCCCCACUCCCAAUCCCCGGCCCGCCCUGAACCCGGCCCAGUUCAGCAACCCCACACACCACACACAGAUACCAGACUCUAGGCAAAUGCAGACAUCUCCGUCGUGGUCCUAUGAGCAGUCCUACCCCUACCUGGGUCAGAUAACCACGCCCACCGUCCACUCAACCACGCCCAUCUCACCCAGCCGCUCCUCCCUCAGUGACCUGUCCAGCCGCCUCUCAGGCCCUGACCUCACAGCCUUCAGCGACCCCCGUAUGUCCCUGGAUCGCCCGUUCUCCUCCCUGACCUCACUCCCUGACAGCCGCUACCCUGACCCGCGCAUGCACUACCCUACUGGGGCCUUCACAUACACCCCUACCCCUGUAUCCAACGGCGCCAUCGGACUGACCAUGGCAACCACCCCUGCUGGGCGUUACCACACCUACCUCCCCCCGCCCUACCCUACAAACGCCCCCCAGGGCCAAAGUGGACCGUUCCAGGCCGGUUCCUCUCCCUAUCACCUGUAUUAUAGCACGGCAGCUGGGUCCUACCAAUUCUCCAUGAUGGCGGGGGGAGGCGGGGAGCGGUCUCCUCCGAGGAUAUUCCCUCCCUGCACCAACGCAUCCACAGGCUCCUCCCUCCUGCACCCGUCUCUGCCAAAUCAGAGCGAAGGGGUGGGGGUGGAAGCGGAGGGAAGUCACAGUAGCUCCCCUACCAAUAUGGUACCCGAGGCCGUAUGGCGGCCAUAUUGAGCACGGCAGCGGGGUUGACAAAUGAUUGACGGACUUGCUGGCUAAUUGGAGUGGAGAAGGGGCUUUCACGGAGCGUUCCUAUUGGAUCAUUAGAAUGAUCAAGGAACAAAUUGAGGAAGGAACAGAAACAGGGUGCCAUUUUACACCGAGGAGCAUGCAGCAGCACUGAACUGAAAAUAAUUCAGCUUUGUUUUAUAAAAGGAUUGUUUGCCAUGGUUAUGAUUGUUGUUGGUAUUAUGAAUUACUCUUGGCCAAAAAUACAAUGGGUGAUUUUUAUGUGCCACAGGCACUCCCCUCCUAUCCCACCUCCCCUUGUCCCUCCGCCCCGUCUCCUCCCUUAUCCCACCUCCCCUUGUACCUCCUCCCCCUCUCCUCCCUUAUCCCACCUCCCCUUGUCCCUCCGCCCCCUCU